AUGAUGGCUACUUUGCCCGGAACGAUGCCUCGGAUGAUGCGCCCCGCGCCGGGCCAGAACUACCCGCGAACCGGCUUCCCCCUGGAAGUGUCCACCCCUCUGGGCCAGGGUAGGGUGAACCAGCUUGGCGGUGUGUUCAUCAACGGGAGGCCCCUGCCAAAUCACAUCCGACACAAGAUAGUGGAGAUGGCCCACCAUGGCAUCCGACCCUGCGUAAUCUCGCGACAACUGCGAGUUUCUCACGGUUGUGUCUCCAAGAUCCUCUGCCGAUACCAAGAGACCGGCUCGAUCCGUCCGGGAGCCAUAGGAGGCAGCAAGCCCAGGCAGGUGGCAACUCCUGACGUGGAGAAGCGGAUCGAGGAGUACAAGAGAGAAAACCCCGGUAUGUUCAGCUGGGAGAUCCGGGAUAAGCUGCUGAAGGACGGGGUGUGCGACAGAAGCACAGUUCCUUCAGGUGAGGCUUCAUCUGUGAGCUCCAUCAGCCGCGUAUUGAGGGCCCGAUUUGGCAAAAAGGAUGACGAGGAUGACUGUGAUAAGAAGGAUGAAGAUGGAGAAAAGAAAACAAAGCAUAGCAUCGAUGGCAUCCUCGGUGAUAAAUGUAACCGCACAGACGAAGGUUCAGAUAUAGAUUCAGAGCCCGACUUGCCCCUGAAGAGGAAGCAGAGACGCAGUCGCACCACCUUCACCGCUGAGCAGCUGGAGGAGCUGGAGAAGGCUUUUGAAAGGACACAUUACCCAGAUAUCUACACCAGAGAGGAGCUGGCCCAGAGGACAAAACUCACAGAGGCCAGAGUACAGGUGUGGUUUAGCAACAGGCGCGCUCGGUGGCGUAAACAGGCCGGGGCCAAUCAGCUAGCGGCCUUCAACCACCUGCUUCCUGGAGGAUUCCCCCCCACAGGGAUGCCAAGUUUACCCACAUACCAGCUACAAGAGUCCAGCUACCCCGGCACCACGCUAUCGCAGGAGGGCAGCACAUUGCACAGACCCCAGCCCCUGCCUCCAUCCUCCAUGCACCAGGGAGGCCUGACUGCUGACGGAAGCUCUGCUUAUGGUCUCUCGUCCAAUCGCCACGGCUUCUCCAGCUACUCCGAUACUUUCAUGAGCCCCUCAGCGUCCAGCAACCACAUGAACUCUGUCGGCAACGGGCUCUCCCCACAGGUAAUGAGUAUCCUGAGUAACCCAAGCGUCGUACCCUCCCAGACCCAGCACGACUUUUCCAUUUCCCCCCUGCACGGCGGCCUGGAGAGCUCCAACCCCAUCUCAGCCAGCUGCAGCCAGCGCUCUGACUCCAUCAAGGACAGUCUGGCUUCCUCUCAGUCAUACUGCCCCCCCACCUACAGCGCCACCAGCUACAGCGUGGACCCCGUCACUGCAGGCUACCAAUACAGCCAGUAUGGCCAGACUGCUGUGGACUACCUGGCUAAGAACGUGAGCUUGUCCACCCAGAGGAGGAUGAAACUGGGAGACCACUCGGCCGUGCUGGGACUGCUGCAAGUGGAGACGGGACAGGCCUACUAAAGCCUCCCCGGACGAGCUGCACCACUCUCCUUCGCACUCUGCCACCCUCCUCCAUGCUCCAUCAAGUCUGGAGCCCAACUCCAGCUCGCCUCUCUGCUGCUCGCUCUGCAGCCCAACCAUGACAUCAGCGCACAGACAUUUAGCCUCGCUGUGAGUGUCAGAGAAAGUGACACUUGUGGGUGUGACAAGACACUUCGGGGAAUUGAACUCAACUUUUCACACCCUUGUCGACCACCAGGCGGCUCUGCUCCCUCUCUGCUCAAUCUGUGUGCGUCUCUGCCUGCUCCUCAAACUCCUUCCCCAGACCCAAACCCUGUUUUGUUUUGCUCAGAAGGCCAGACAGGACCCAAGAGAAUGGAAGGCCUGUUUGUCAUGACUGCAGUCCAGCACACAUUUAGAGCCAUCAACAGCAUGUAC